CCCCUACCCCAACCCUAAGCCCGCUACAACCCCCCAAAUGCCGACCCUCAGCCCCGUCCUCAUCACCGGCGGCAACGGCUUCAUCGCCUACCACAUCAUCGCCAAGAUCCUGGAGACGGAACCCGAGUGCACCAUCCACUCCAUCGACAUCCACACCUCGCGCAACCGCCACGCCGCGGCCAACGUGCACUACCACGACGGCGACAUGGCGCGGGCGGCCGACGUGCAGCGCAUCAUGCAGCUCGCGCGGCCGACGACCAUCUUCCACACGGCCUCGCCCGAGUUCUCCGACGAGCCCGAAUCGGCCUACCGGGGGAUCAUCGUGGACGGGACGCAGCACCUCCUCGCCGCGGCGCGGGCCGUGGGCACCGCGCGCGCCCUCGUCAACACGUCGACGUCCGGCGUGAUCAACGACAACCACACCGACCUCGUCGACGCGACCGAGGAGCUACCGAUCCUGCGCCCGCCCGCGCAGCAGCGGCUGUACUGCAUCGCCAAAGCGGACGCCGAGGACGCCGUCACCGCCGCGAACCGCACCGCCGCCCCCGGCACCCCCUCCGACACCGGCCUCCUCACCUGCGCCAUCCGCCCCGCCCUCGCCUUCGGCGAACGCGACCACGGCACCCUCGGCAAGAUGUACGCCGUCGCGCGCCAGGGCAAGCUGCGCUUCCAGAUGGGCGACGGCCGCAACCGGUACGAUUUCGUGUACGUGGGGAAUCUGGCCGAGGCGCAUGUUCUGGCCGCCCGGAAACUGCUGGACGCGUGGGGUCAGCCGGCCCCGGUGGAGGACAGAGUCGAUGGCGAGUGCUUCCACGUCACCAACGAGGAGCCCUGGCUGUUUUGGGAUUUCCAGCGCGAGGUGUCGAGGUUGGUGGGCAAGCCGGUGCGGAAGGAGGAUGUGGUGGUUAUUCCCAAGUGGGUUGGGUUGACGAUCGGGUUUGUGAAUGAGUGGGUGGCCUGGGUGGUCUCGGGGGGCACGAGGAAGGCGAACAUGACCCGCGAGGGGAUUCGGUUCAGUACGUUGGUGAGGACGUUAAAUGGGGGCAAGGCGAGACGGGUGUUGGGGUAUCGGCCGAGGGUGGGGGUGAGGGAGGGGUUGGAGAGGAGUGUCCGGUGGUUUGUGGAGAAUGAUGAGGCUGCGAAGGGGGAGAAGAAGGAUUAGGGUUCAUGGGGGUGGGACUGUUGGUUUGCGGGUUGUGAGUGAUUAGUCGAUUGAUUGAUUGAAUGAUUGAAUUUGAGCUUUGCACUUGAUUGCGAUUUCUCGGUAAGGGUCUUUCUGAGGUGGAGGGGCGAUAUGAACUGGGUAACCUUUUCUUCUAUUUUUAUCUGGUGUGGUUAUGGAUUAGACAAGGGCAAAGGUAGAGGAGGGAGAAAGAACAUUAAACCAGUAGGACAGAGUAUAACAAUAAUAUUGUACCCUGUUCGGUACUCAAUCUUUGUAUAGAA